AUGGGCAACAACAUCUCCUACCAAUCCUCCGAGUGCGAGGUACAACUCCCCGGCUCAAAAGGAAGUAUCAAGGGUCAACAGUACGGCCAGAAAGCCCGUCGCUUUGCCAACGUCCCAUAUGCUCUGCCUCCUACUGGUGAGCGAAGAUGGCGCAAACCAGAGGCCCUGCCCGAGUCGUUUUCGUACUCGACCGAGGGGAAACCGUUCGAUGCGACUGCAUUUGGCCAGGUAUGCCCCCAGCCAAACUAUUCCGCGUCGGUGAAGAAGAAGACCCCUCAGCAUGUCUUCGGGGAGGACUGUCUGCGACUCAACAUUUGGACGCCCGUUCGUAAAGAAGGAGAAACCGACCCCAAAUGGCCGGUGAUGGUUUGGUUUCAUGGAGGUUGGUUCCAAAUCGGCGAUCCCAGUCAGGAAGAGGCCAUGAAUCCGACGGAGUUGAUCUCGACUGGCAAUCUGAAUGCCGUGUUCAUUGCCGUCGGAUAUCGUCUCAACGUGUUUGGUUUCUUGGCGGGGGAUGCCUUGCGAGACGAGAGCCAUGCAGGAGAAGUGGGUAACUACGGUCUGUGGGAUCAGCGACUGGCCAUGGAAUGGGUCUACGAGAACGUCGCCGCGUUUGGUGGCGAUCCAGGGAAUAUUACGCUCUCCGGACGAAGUGCUGGUGCUUACGCCGUUCAGGCGCAGACUCUGUACGAUUUCCGAGGAAAUCUCCCCGAGGCGUCAAGGGACAAGUUUCGCCGGCUGGUCAUGUACUCGAAUGCAAUUCCGACGCAACCAAAGACACCAGAGGACUGCCAAUCGCAGUUUGACGAGCUGUGCGAGCAUUUCGGCAUUGCGUCCUCGCUCCCAGGGCCGGACAAGCUGACUGCACUGCGUCAGGUCAGUGCCCAGGACCUGUGCGAUGCUAUCAUGAAAUUGAAACAUCACACUUUCCGUCCGGUCACUGACGGAGUCUUCAUCCACCCGAAUAUCUUCAAUUACUACCGCGACGGGUCGUUUGCUCGCGAGUUCAAACGUCGAGGACUGCGUAUCUUUAUCGGAGAGGUGUUAAACGAAGAAACACUCUACGCCGUAACAAAUGGGCCAGAGGCGAGUCGCGAGUCUCUCGAGUUACAGGUCUCAAAUUAUUACUCUCCGUCUACAACGUCGCGUCUGCUGCAGCAUUACUCUCUGCCGACAUCGACUGAGAAAAAUGAUUGGGAAGCCGUAUUUGGGCGCAUCGUGUCGGACGGUCAGGUCCGAGCUCCUUCGCGCUUCCUAGUCGACAACCUGCUAUCCAACGGUGUGGAUAUUAGAGAUGUGUGGCGGUAUUUGAUCGCGUAUCGUCUGUCAUUCAUCACGCCGCAGGUGGCGCCAGAAUCGUUUGGCGUUAGCCACGCUAUGGAUCGGCCGUUCUGGAAUUAUUCAAUCAUGCAGGGCCCUACAGAAGCGGAGCGACAGCUGAUGACCGACUGGAUCCGCGACUUGUCGGCGUUCGUUGGUAACGAGAAGGGUUACGAUUACGGGACAAAGAAGGAAGAUGAAUACAAAGUCAUUACGCCCGAAGGGAAGGUAGAGGUCCAGGACGAUCAUCGCUGGAAAGAACUGCUUGAUUUGAUGAAUGUCUUCGCAGGUUGA